AAAAAAAAUUGUAAUCAAACGUAGUAGACGUCAACAUAGGAUGUAGUUUCAGUUUUAAUGGUAUGUAUCUAAAUUAUAAAGUCAUUUGAAAUGGAAAAUAGUUGUGAACCAUCGAACGAUAAGAGGUCACUCGUGAAAGCUAAAUCUGUCAAUAGCGGAUGCCCGAAGCAGUUGAGGAGUGAGCCCGUGAAGAGGAAAUCGUUUAACGUGAACGAAGCAGUUCGCUCACUGGAUCUAGCGUUAGUGAGACUGAAGAAGAGCAAGCUGGUCAAUGGCGAUGUUGUUCCGAACAGUACCAAUAAUCUAGGGAGGAAGGAUCCGGUUGAACACAUCACGAAUCAGACCAAUUUCACUGAUAACUCGUCUGUGGUUUCCUUGAAUUUUUCCCAAUACGAACUAAUGCGCAACCUUUCAAGAUCGAAUUGUAAUCUCGAUAACGCCUUCAGCAGUACCACCUGCGAAACAUUCUCCAGUCUCACCGACAUACCAUCUAGAGACGAGCAAUUGGAGAGAUAUUUUAGGAGUAUAGAUGUGUGGUGUCGGAAUCACAGAGACGCCAGUUCGAGCGAAAUGUAAAACAUUUAAAGUGAGGUUGAAUCGUAACAUAUAAAUAUAAAUAAAAGUUCCAAUUAA